UCACAAUUCAAGAUGGCUGCGCCCAUGAGAAACGAUUGCUUCCAGGAAGAUCGCACGUAAAUAUAAGCUGUCACUCUCUUGCUGUAAAGAAUGAGUAAACGUAAACACCACGAGACAGUAAUGGAGUCCAGAGAGUUUCAGAACAACUAUGAUGCUUUUAGUGACGACAUUUCUGGAAGAUGGACACAGGUUUUUGAGGAGAUUCCUGGUAAAUUAAAAUCUGGAAUCUCUGCCCUUUUGCCUCGUCUAGCUGAGGGACUGAAACAAGAAGAUGAUCACGAUGACUCUGUGUACACUGGAAACACUGGAAUAAGCCUCCUUCAUCUUCACCUCCACAAUGUCUUCCCUCAAGGAGACGACCUGAGGACAUCGUAUCAGUAUCUUGAGCGGUCUUUGCAACGACUCAAAGGGAGACGGUUCACGUUCCUCUGUGGGGAUGCAGGCCCUCUCGCCCUGGGAUCCAUCCUCCUCAAUAAACUGGGCCGUGAAGCGGAGAGCAAAGCCUGUCUUGACAAACUGCACCAACUCCACGAGGCGUGUCUGGAUCCCGGACUCCCUGAUGAGCUUCUCUAUGGCCGAGGUGGUUACCUCUACGCGCUCCUCUUUGCGCAGUCUCAUCUUCCAGACGCAUCCAUCGAUGUGAGGAUAAUGGAAGACGUUUACCGCUGCAUCAUCAAGUCCGGUGAGGCCUUCUCCAAACGAGAACGAUCCAAGUCCCCACUGAUGUACGCCUGGCAUGACAAGAAGUACAUCGGUGCUGCUCAUGGACUGAGCGGAAUUCUUUGUUUACUUAUGCAGGUGACGUUGCCAGUCGCUCAGGAGUACCUCCAGUCUCACGUCAAACCAAGCGUCGACUACGUCCUGGAGCUCGCCUUCCCAACAGGCAAUUUCCCAUCGUCCCUCGGGAAUAACUCUGAUCGUCUGCUACACUGGUGCCAUGGUGCCCCGGGGGUCAUUCACAUGCUUCUUGAGGCACAUAAGGUAUUUGGGGAUGAGAAAUACCUUGAAGCAGCAAAAAGAUGCGGAGAUGUGAUAUGGGAGAGAGGUUUACUUCGCAAAGGGUACGGCCUCUGUCAUGGGACGGCCGGGAACGCUUACGCCUUCGUUGCUUUGUACCAGAACACUAAAGACAACAAGUAUAUGUAUCAAGCUCAAAAGUUUGCAGAGUGGUGUCUUGAUUAUGGCAAACAUGGUUGUCGAGCCCCAGACCGUCCUUACUCACUCUUUGAAGGCAUGGCAGGUACCAUCUACUUUCUUGCCGAUCUUCUUAACCCAGACGCAGCAAAGUUCCCAGCAUUUUACUUCUAGCUUGAAGGAGAAGCUGUGUACACUCUUACGAUCUCACAGGGUUUGGACUGAUUUAGGAUUUUGUUUUUAACACAAAAACUCCUUUAGUCUGUAAAGCUACUUAAGAAAAGUAUUAAGAAGGUAGGUCCUAAUUUGCAAAAAAAACAUCUUCAGGUUCAGGGGGCUUCAUUCUCUAGACCAAGGGGAGACCCAGACCCACUACCCUAGUCCCUUAUUCAUGGUGAUGUAGAUAGUCGGUAAAUCCUCUGGAAUGUAACACCCCAGAAGGUUCAGGGGGCUUCAUCCUCUAGACCAAGGGGAGACCCAGACCCACUACCCUAGUCCCUUAUUCAUGGUGAUGUAGAGAGUCGGUAAAUCCUCUGGAAUGUACCACCAAGGAGGUUCAGGGGGCUUCAUUCUCUAGACCAAGGGGAGACCCAGACCCACUACCCUAGUCCCUUAUUCAUGGUGAUGUAGAGAGUCGGUAAAUCCUCUGGAAUGUAACGCCCCAGAAGGUUCAGGGGGCUUCAUUCUCUAGACCAAGGGGAGACCCAGACCCACUACCCUAGUCCCUUAUUCAUGGUGAUGUAGAGAGUCUGUAAACCCUCUGGAAUGUAACACCCCAGAAGGUUCAGGGGGCUUCAUCCUCUAGACCAAGGGGAGACCCAGACCCACUACCCUAGUCCCUUAUUCAUGGUGACGUAGAUAGUCGGUAAAUCCUCUGGAAUGUAACACCCCAGAAGGUUCAGGGGGCUUCAUUCUCUAGACCAAGGGGAGACCCAGACCCACUACCCUAGUCCCUUAUUCAUGGUGAUGUAGAGAGUCGGUAAACCCUCUGGAAUGUAACACCCCAGAAGGUUCAGGGGGCUUCAUCCUCUAGACCAAGGGGAGACCCAGACCCACUACCCUAGUCCCUUAUUCAUGGUGAUGUAGAUAGUCGGUAAAUCCUCUGGAAUGUAACACCCCAGAAGGUUCAGGGGGCUUCAUUCUCUAGACCAAGGGGAGACCCAGACCCACUACCCUAGUCCCUUAUUCAUGGUGACGUAGAUAGUCGGUAAAUCCUCUGGAAUGUAACACCCCAGAAGGUUCAGGGGGCUUCAUUCUCUAGACCAAGGGGAGACCCAAACCCACUACCCUAGUCCCUUAUUCAUGGUGAUGUAGAUAGUCGGUAAAUCCUCUGGAAUGUACCACCAAGGAGGUUCAGGGGGCUUCAUUCUCUAGACCAAGGGGAGACCCAGACCCACUACCCUAGUCCCUUAUUCAUGGUGAUGUAGAGAGUCGGUAAAUCCUCUGGAAUGUACCACCAAGGAGGUUCAGGGGGCUUCAUUCUCUAGACCAAGGGGAGACCCAGACCCACUACCCUAGUCCCUUAUUCAUGGUGAUGUAGAUAGUCGGUAAACCCUCUGGAAUGUAACACCCCAGAAGGUUCAGGGGGCUUCAUCCUUUAGACCAAGGGGAGACCCAGACCCACUACCCUAGUCCCUUAUUCAUGGUGACGUAGAGAGUCGGUAAAUCCUCUGGAAUGUAACACCCCAGAAGGUUCAGGGGGCUUCAUUCUCUAGACCAAGGGGAGACCCAGACCCACUACCCUAGUCCCUUAUUCAUGGUGACGUAGAUAGUCGGUAAAUCCUCUGGAAUGUAACACCCCAGAAGGUUCAGGGGGCUUCAUUCUCUAGACCAAGGGGAGACCCAGACCCACUACCCUAGUCCCUUAUUCAUGGUGACGUAGAUAGUCGGUAAAUCCUC